AAGGAGUCAGAUAUCCAGGUAGCAGGAUGCUUGAUGCAUUACAUCCUGACAGAUGGACAACAUCCCUUUCAACAAACAACACCAUACUUCAAGAAUGCCUUUGGGAUAUUUGAAAAUGUCAAAAAUGGCAAUUUCACUCUUCACUGUGAGGAAAGAUGGAGCAGCCAAAGAGAUAUGAUUUCCCGGAUGCUGAGUAGAUCACUCGAAGAACGUCCCACCAUUGAAGAAGCUCUUCAGGCAUUCAUGUGUUUGGCACAUCAACCUGAUUAUACUGCAACCAUGAACAACGGUGGAUGUGAGAAUCAAAAUAAAGAUGGACCCCCUUCAACAAAUUCCUGCCCUGAAACCUUUAAUGACAUGAACAUUCCAGAGAGUUUGGUCACAGAUCUGCCUGGCAUCACUGCCAGUAACCCGCUGCCUUCAUCUCUGCCGACAGAAGAGGAAUUUUCUGAGUGUGAAAUGAAUACUGAAGAACAAGUUUCCCCUGCUCUGGAAAUGUCAGAUCAAGAAAUGAAUGAUGACCCACAAUCGGAGGAAGAAGAAACUACAAAAACUGAAGUAAUCCACAGAAAACCAUCUUCUAAAACUGAGCAGCAUUCAAAUGGCAGUAACUCUCAACAAUGUAAGAUCACAGUAAAAAUGUCUUCAAACACUGCCCAUCAACGUAUCUAUGACAAGAGGAAUUAUUGUCUUUUCUGUGAGAAGCCUUAUGCAAAAAUUACAAAACAUCUGAAGCAGAAGCAUUCACACCAACCUGAUGUGGCCAAGGCACUCGCACAGAGGAAAGGAUCAAAAAUGCAAUCCUUGCUUUUUAGCAAAAUAACAAACAUGGGAAACUAUGAACACAACUGUUCUGUCCUGUCCUCUGGGGAAGGACAAAUCAUCCCAAAAAGGCAAGCAACCCAUCAAUCAGCUGGAACCAACUACCUACCUUGCAAGUUUUGUUUUGCUAUGUAUGUCAAGACAGAUCUCUGGAGGCAUUAUAAGCGUUGCAAACUCCGGUCAAAAGGAGACAUGGUCACAAGAAAAGUUCAGGCAAGUUCUUCCAUGAUGUUGCCCAUGGAUAUUGCGAUUUCCAUUGGACUUCAGAGGGUUCUCCAGGACAUGUCAUAUGACAAUGUAUCUCAGUUAGUAAAGGCAGACUCCCUUAUUAUUUCACUGGGUGAGAGAAUGUACCUCAGAAACGGAGAAGUUGGACGACAUCAAGCAGACAUCAGAAAUAAGAUGAGGGAACUUGCCAGACUUGUUCUGAUGGCAAGAAACAUUGACAAGGAUGUUGUUUUUUUGAAAGACUUGAUCUCUCCAGGAAAAUUCAACACAGUCUUUGAGGCUGUAAAAGAGAUGACUGGGUUUAAUGAGUUAACCAACAGAUUCAACGUGCCUUCAACAGCACUAAAACUGCGGCAUUCUCUUGUGAAAGUGUCACAUAUUUUGCAAGGAGAGGCACUGCGUCAACAGAAUGUUGAUUUAAAAUCAAAAGCAGAGGAAUUCACCAAGUUAAUUGAACUAGAAUGGAAAACACAUGUAUCAUCCAAUGCCCUGAAAACGCUUCACCAGAAAAAAUGGAAUACCCCCCAAAUACUGCCUUUGUCAGAAGACAUCAAAAAGCUCCAGGACCAUCUGAAAAACCUCCAGGUGGUCUACAAAAGAAAUCUCACUGAUAAACCAACAGCAAAAUCAUGGAGCGAACUCGCUCAAGUCACUCUGACACAGCUAAUACUGUUCAAUCGUCGUCGUGAAGGAGAAGUUUCAAGAAUGGAACUCAGCACGUAUUUACAAAGGAGCCAACACGACAUGCAUGAUGAAGUUUUAGAGAGCCUUUCAAAGUUUGAAAAAAAACUUUGUGAGAAUCUCACCAGAGUAGAGAUACGGGGGAAAAGGGGCCGCAAAGUGCCUGUCCUGUUCCCAACAAAUGUAAAAGAGUCUGUGGAACUUCUGAUUAAAACUAGAGAAGAGGCUGGGAUUUCCCCCACCAAUCCCUACAUUUUUGCUCGUCCAUAUUAUGGAUCCCAAGAGAGCUUUCGUGGAUGUGACUGUUUAAGACGGUUUGCAGAAAGCUGUGGAGCUAAACUCCCACAGAAUCUCACAUCAACCAAACUACGGAAACAUCUAGCCACAGUUUCACAACUCUUAAACCUACAAACCCACGAACUAGACCAGCUGGCAACUUUCAUGGGACAUGAUAUUGAGGUCCACAGGGAAUUUUACAGACUGCCAGAGGAAACAAUCCAAAUGGCAAAAGUCAGUAGACUUCUUUUUGCUCUGCAAGGUGGAAUGGGUAAAUUCAAAGGAAAAUCCCUGGAAGACAUCACACCAAACAUCAACUCUGAGGAGGAGUCUAGUGACUCAGAAGCAGAUGUCCAAUCUGAGGGGACUGUUAACAGAAGUCAAAAAGAAACGUCGAAGGAUAAACACUGCAAGGAGAGAACUUCAUCAUGCAAGGCAGCUGAGGGCAAUAAAAAGUCAUCAUUGGCAUCAAGUCAAAAGGGGAAAUCCAAAAGGCCUUGGUCAAAGACAGAAGGAGAAGUCAUCAUCCAGCAUUUCAAGGACCAUCUAAAGGAACGGAAGAUCCCUGGAAAAGUGGACUGUGAAAGAUGCCUAAAAGAGAAUCCGAUCCUAAGGGACAAUGGGAGAGACUGGAAAGCAGUUAAAUAUUUUGUGCACAACAAAAUUGCAGUUGUAAAGAGGAGCUUGUGCCAAGAAUAACACCACAAAUGCUUGGAACCAGAAUCCCGAACUGC